CGUGGCAGAAUACUAGCCUGAGAAUAGCACAACCAUUCUACACUCAGCGUAGUACUUCUGCAUUCGUCUUCGUGGGAAAAUGCGAACAACCUUUUACAUUCAAAUUCGUAUCUCAAUUCGAUCACUCGCCAUGUUUCUUAUUAAGACAUGGAGAUCAAUGGCAUUUGGCCUAUAUGGGUACACAAACUUCACCAAAUCUGGUUUCUUGGAACACGCAAAAAAGUUUGAACCAGAAGACAUGCAAGCACGAAUAGAAGGGAAGAACUGCAUCAUUACAGGAGCAAAUUCGGGAAUUGGUUAUGCAACUGCCGAGGGUCUUGCUUCACGUGGGGCAACAGUAUAUAUGGUAUGUCGAGACAAGGAGAGGGGCGAAGCCGCUUUUUCAAGAAUUCAGGCAGUGACAGGCAAUAAAAAUAUUCAUUUGGAGGUGUGUGACAUUUCUUCUAUCAGUGAUAUCAAGUCAUUUGCCUCUAGAUUUUCUUCGAAGGAUGUGCCUGUUCAUAUCUUGGUGAACAAUGCUGGUUUGCUUGAGAAUAAGCGCAUUAUUACCUCAGAAGGAUAUGAGAUGAAUUUCGCUGUAAAUGUUCUGGGCACUUACACAAUGACCGAAUUAAUGUUGCCAUUGAUGGAAAAAGCUGCACCUGAUGCUCGUGUUAUCACAGUGUCAUCAGGGGGAAUGUACACAGCUCCAUUGACUGAAGAUCUACAGUUCAACGGUAAGAAUUUUGACGGAGUGGAACAGUAUGCCAGGAACAAGCGAAUUCAGGUAGUACUGACAGAGAAGUGGGCUGAAAUGUACAAGGAUAGAGGCAUUGGGUUCUACUCAAUGCACCCCGGGUGGGCUGAGACACCUGGGGUUGCCAAGAGUAUGCCUGGCUUUUCAAAUGCGUUAUCGGGAAAGCUUAGAACGAGUGAGGAAGGUGCUGAUACAGUUAUAUGGUUGGCAUUACAACCAAAAGAAAACCUCACAUCAGGUGGGUUCUAUUUUGACAGAGCUGAAGCACCUAAGCAUUUGCCAUUCACAGCCACAAAGGUUUCUGGUAAUGCUAUAGACUCCAUUGUUCGUAGCCUCCGCACAUUGUCGAGUCUUCAAAGCAGCUUAUAAUCUUAACCAAACAUGCUUGCAAUGCUUCACCUGUACUUGGCAAGUGCAGCUGAAGACGGUGUUAUUAUCUGUGUUUCAUACCUAAAUGGCUUGUUUGGUAAGACGGAAUGUACAGUGAUAGGCAGGGGAAGAAAAUGGAAGUAUUGUCAGUCUAUUAAAUAUUAGGGUUGGUCUAUGGGUACAUAAGGGUUGGUACAUAAUGGUGUCCCAACCCACACAUGAGGGGGGCCCGCCUGAAUAUUUAUAUUCAAGUGGGCCCCCCUCAUGUGAGGGUGUGGACACCAUUAUGUACCAACUUUUAUGUACCACAAGGGUUUUCCUAAAUAUUAUUUCGACCUUGUAUUAGUUAUAAAUUAAAUUUAUCUCAUUAAAAAUGAUCGAUUUUUGUCAACUUAUUCUUCCUUUUUGGUUCU